CUUGUACCGCAAGCAUGGUGACGGAUGUGCAGCUGGCAAUAUUUGCAAACAUGUUGGGAGUUUCCCUAUUCCUUCUGGUAGUCCUGUACCAUUAUGUGGCUGUCAACAACCCCAAGAAAGUUGAAUGAACAUGAGCAUGGAAGGAUGGAAAUCACAAUCAAGAAUUUCCACUGAUGGAACAGAUUUCAAAUUAUGGACACUAGAAUUCUUUAGUAUUUUAUUUCUGUAAUUUUUUUUUUUUUUGCAAUGCUCAGUUUCUACAUUUUUUUUUUUUAUUAUUAUUAUUGUACCCCCCCCCCCCCCCCCCCUUUCCUCAGCGAUUAUAUCAUGGUGUAAAAUUUGCCAUUGUAGGUAUUGUGUGAUUAACCUCCCAUUUAUGAAUGAAUACAUGACAAAAUGUUUAACUUAA